AUGUACCUUCCAGCCAUGGGCAUGCUGUCACACGUCGAAGAUCAAUUUCAAGGGACAUUUUUGAUGGGCAAACCGCCAUUUACCUAUAAUAUUGACAGGACAUUCAGAAAGAAUAGCGUUGCUACACGAAAAAGUCAUAGGAUCAGUAAGCGUUGUCGGACCAUCUUUGACUCUCAAGGCUCCAAUGAUGCGGAAGUGGAUGAAGACACGAAAGAAGUCUCUUUGCCAUAUGCAAAUGCAUCUCACGGCGAUAUUUGCAAUGCAGUUGAGCCCAGAGAAUGUCAACAGCAUGAUAUCGAUGACUCACUUUAUGAAAAUGCCGUUUACGUGUUUCUGCAUGAUUGGAAAGGUUCAAUUCCUUCAUGGGAGGCCAAGAUUAUACAACCCGUUUUCUCAAGUGAGAACGAUGCAGUGUCAACUUCGGGUAACAGCAUAGCCAGGGCUUGGUUAGACGAUCACAGAUACUCUGUCGGUAGUUCCCGAAAUAUCCAAGCAAGAUAA